UCCAGACGGCUGUGUGUCCGGUACUGAGUUCCGCCCGCUGCUGAUCUCCGCGUCUCUUCUACCUGCCGUUCUGUUCGCACUUUCGCCUGGGACACGUUUUUCGUCUUUUUUCCUCAUGGUUAUGAAGUGUUGUGUGUUUGCUGCGCAGCGGAAUUAGGGAAGUUAUUCAAAAAACAGGAGGAGGAGGAGAGGCCGAGCCGCCUUGCCGAGAGAGGUUGCGGAGCAGCAGGCGCCGCCGGCAGUCCGAGUCAUCGCAGCUGCUCCUGCCGUCUGGGAUCUCCCAGUAUGGCGAGUCAUUUCCGCAGCUACAUCUGGGACCCGGUCCUCAUCAUCUGCCAGAUCGUCUUGAUGCAGUGUAUCUACUACAGCUUCCUGGGGCUGUGGCUGGCUGGUGUGGACAGCCUUGUCCAGAACAGUCGCUCCCUCGACCAGAUAUUCAGCUAUGAGGUUCUCGGGUUCUCUACCCCUCAGGGCAGACUGUCAAUGAUGGCCUUUGUCUUGAACUCGCUUACGUGUGCUCUCGGCCUGUGGUUUUUCAUUCGCCGCGGAAAGCAGUGCCUGGACUUCACCGUCACCGUCCACUUCUUCCACAUGAUCGCUUGCUGGAUCUACAACGCCCACCUCCCUGUCGCCCUCUCCUGGUGGCUGGUGAACGUGACGUGCGUUGCGCUCAUGGCGGUCAUUGGGGAGUACCUGUGCAUGAGGACUGAGCUGCGCGCCAUUCCUGUGAACAGCGGACCCAAGUCGAACCUCUGAGUCCCUGCCAGCUGCGCACACACCGGCCCGUCUACGAAGCCACCAGUGGAACGGUUCACCAAGACGGCGAAGGCCCCGCUGGUGUUAACCUGCAAGUUGUGGGAUUUGUGCAACGAUGUUGCCUGCAGCUCAAGGUGCAUGAGGAAACUGACUUAGUGAAUGUCACUACAUACUUCAAGGGAUUGGUUAUGACAUUUUUAACAGUCGCAUUCUCCACAUGGGUGUGGCGAUUUGUUUUAACAUUUGUUUGCAGUAUUUAUUUUCUUUCCUCAGCUGUUUAACACUUGAGUUCAUGUUUACCCACCUACUUUUACUUUUUCUGCACUUUCGGAAAUUGGCCAUAAACAAGGGCUGUUUUGUAUUCUCACUAAUUGAUUUAUUUAAAUUACUGGCUGUCUUGUGAAUUUUUGGAGGUGGGUAUUUUUUAUGUAUUAGAACCAUUCCUUUGAAGACAUUUCUGUGAGUCAUAGCCUUAGUAAAAUUACGUGGUUAAACAAGAAGAUCCACCAAAUUCCGUUAAUCUGUUUAAACUAUCUUUCUUUGGACAUAGACUUGACCACCAAUAGUUCCAGUCCCGGGAGCAGUCAUGAUGUUGUACCUUUGAAGAAGGUGCUUCAUUGUCUGAUUUUGUUACACUUUCUUUAUUAGUGGGCGAAAUGUAAAGCUGUUCCCUGUACACGCACACAUACUGUCUGAAACCGCUUGUCCUGAGCGGGAUCGUGGUGAGCCAGAGCCUAACCUGGC